AUGGUGGCGCGUAGCUGUAGCUCUGUAGCUUGCGUGUUGAGCUGUUGCCAGGCAUCUCACCUUUUUUCAGCAGUUGAUGGCCGGUUCGCUUGGUGUUCGCAGCUCAGCUCUGCCGAGCUCUGCAAGCGGCCGCCGGACCCGCCGCCGGACCCGCCGGACCCAGGGUGCCAUCCGACGUUGUGGCUCGUGACUGGGGUGAUGCUGCGUUUUAAAAACACGACAGAGCUGGUAUCAGGUUGCUCUUCUGUUUAUUCCGCGCAGCAUUUGGACAGACAGUUUUGUCCUUUAGCCAGCAUUCGCGAUUCGCCCGAGCGUUGGCAACAGCCGCACAGCCUUGGGCCGCAAGCAUCAGGAGAUUCUGAAAUCAGAGAUAUGCUGCAUUGCUGCGAUGCACUUGAAGGGUCUUCUCGACGCUUGUCAGACCAGAGUUCCAAAGUGCUCCGGCUAGUGUCAAACUGCUGCAUGCUCCAAAAACAGCCCAUGCGACAUUCGGCCACCUCCGUCAGAAAAACAGAGAGCUCGCCUUGGUCAGUGCGGCGCAGUGCAGAAAUCUGCCAUGCUCUGCCAUGGCAAUGGCAAUGCUGUGCGAUUGUCCGUGUUGGCCUGAUCGCAGUCUGCAGCCGCUGCAGCGGGAAUUUGUUUGCCUGGCUAUGGGUGGCCUUAAGAAUGAAUGACCCGUCUCUGGAUGAUGGCGAGGAGCGAACUCGAUUGACGGAGAAGAGCCACAGUAUCGAGGACCUCUUGCGAGCUUUGGAAAAGCACCGUGCCGAAUGUGAGCAAGCGGGCAGGUACGAAGAGGCGGAGCUGGCACGGCUACGCUUGGACCAGCUCCGACAGCACGAGGAGCGGAGUCGACGGGAUGCCCUCAUGGAGCAGCAGCACAGGGCCCCAGAGUCCCCGCUGGCCCGUGGUGUCUCAGUCGCUUUUUCGCCUAUUGCAAAAGGGCGGGGCCGUCUGCCCCCCCCCCACCCCGCGGCGGGCGCUGACAGGCAUUACUAG